GGGCGUUACAAGCCUGGUAACUACGUUUGUCACAUCUACGGUGGAAUUACGGGGAGCUUUUGAGGAGUUGUCUCUCGUAGCCUACUAUGUGACAUCGAAAACGUCGCCAGCCAGCAAGAAAACAUGGAGGGAGUUCUGUAUAAGUGGACCAACUACAUUAGCGGGUGGCAGCCGCGCUGGUUCGUGCUGGACGGGGGAACUCUCUCCUAUUACGACUCCCAGGAGGAGGCCUGGAAAGGAUGCAAGGGCAGCAUCAAGAUCUCCGUCUGCGAAAUACAAGUGCACCCGUCUGACGUGCUGCGCGUGGACCUCCUGAUUCCCGGUGAGCAGUAUUUCUACCUGCGGAGCAUCAACGCCGCCGACCGCCAGAAGUGGCUCGUCGCCCUGGGAACCGCCAAGGCCUGUCUAACCGACCACCGCACCAGGAGGGAGAAGGAGCUCCAGGAGAACUCUGCUGCGUUGAAGACCAAAGUGUGUGAGCUGCGACUCUACUGUGAUCUCCUGCUACAGCAAGUCAACAACAUUCAAGACAACCCACACACACACACAGAGGUGAAGUCUACGUGCUCCACGUUCCUCAAGACGCUAGAGGAGUGCAUGCUGAUCGCCGGGCGAACUUUCACCCCCGACCUUUUGACCCUCAGCCCCCCCGCCUCACCCCCCAUCACCACCGCCAAGCAACACAAGGUGAAGCCCAUUAACCAGACCAGCCCACACCAAGGACACAGGAAGAGAGAGACGAGUAGCUCCUCCCACUCUGAGCUGAUUGGCCCUCCACCAUCACCCGGGCAACGCCCACCUGACGACACCGAACACUCACUCCAGCCAGACACGCCUCCAGCUGAGGACCAGAGCUGUGAUGCUGUGAUGGAGGAGGAGACAGCUGAGUCUACUGAGCAUGCCCACGCCGAUGACAUCACACACAACCAGGUAGAAGGCGGGGCUAGCGGAGAUGACAUAACACACAACCAGGAAGAAGGCGGGGCUAGCGGAGAUGACAUCACACACAACCAGGAAGUACCAGCCGUGAGCAGCGAGAGCAACCAGAAAGAGGGAGGGGCCAGUGGAGAUGACAUCACACACAACCAGGAAGAGGGCGGAGACAAUCAACCCACCAAUCAGCAGGCAGGGCAGGCGGCAGAGGAGGAGCCAGAAGAGGACGGCCAAUCAGCAUGUGAGGAAGAGGAAACGGUCCAAUCAGAGGGUUCAGAUGAGAAAGGGGCGGGGUCGGUUCAGACGUUCUUCAGCAGCAUGAGCCACAGAUUUAGUGACAUAACUCUGGAAGAGGAUUCCGGAAUCCCAACUCAAGCCUUCCUGGACUCCUGCUAUGCUAUAGUGCCCGUACUAGAUAAGUUGGGUCCAACUGUGUUUGCUCCAGUUAAAAUAGACUUCGUGGGAAACAUCAAGAAAAUCCAGCAGAAGUUUCAGUCUGACGUGCCCAGCUUCCCCACACUACAGAGCAUAGUGCUGCACGAGAUACACACCCAACAAGCACAGGUGCGUAACUCGGCUACGGAGGCGCUGCUGUGGCUGAAGAGAGGACUUCACUUCCUGCUGGAGUUCCUACAGCAAGUCAACACCGGGGAACAAGACAUACACACUGCACUCAAUAAUGCUUACGGUCGAACUCUGAGGCAGUACCACGGCUGGGUCGUCAGGGGCGUCUUUGCGUUGGCGUUGCGAGCUGCUCCGUCAUAUUCCGCGUUCGCUGCAGCUCUGGUUGUGCAAGAGGAGGCGGAGCCGGAUGUGGUGUCAUCAUGGGGCGAGGAGCAGUGGGCGGAGUUUAGUGCAGGUGUGAGGAGAGACCUGGGUAUCUACCUUCCUGCCAUGAAGAAUCAACUCGGAAUCCUGGACACUCUCUACCACACACACUCUCUGGACUCAGACGAGGUCGUCUGACACACACACACAGACACAGACACAGACA